AGUGUUCCGCUCGGGCGCCUCCUCGCGGCUUCUCGCGGCACAGGCGCGUCCUACAGCGGGACCGCGCGCCGUCGCCACUCUGCGCUCCGCACGGGCCGCCAGGCGGCGCCCGCUCCACGCGCUCCACGCUUUGCCGUUCCCAGGGUGAUCGCAGCGGUAGUGAUGGCGGUGGCGGUUGGGGGGAAGGCCGCGGCCAGGUGCCUGGAGGACUCCUCAGACAGCGAACCGGAGCAGGAGCCUGGAACGCCGCAGAAGCUCAUCCGGAAAGUGUCCACGUCGGGCCAGAUCCGAAGCAAGACUAUCCUGAAGGAGGGCAAGUUGAUGAAGCAAACCAACUCAUUCCAGCGCUGGAAGAAACGCUAUUUCAAACUCCGUGGGAGGACCCUGUACUACGCCAAAACGGCUAAAUCCAUCAUCUUUGAUGAGGUUGACUUGACAGACGCGAGUGUUGCUGAAUCCAGCACGAAGAAUGUCAAUAACAGCUUUACGGUGGCUCAAAACUUCCUACGUCUAAACUGUGACAAGAUAGAGGUCAUGCUUCUUGGCACCCCCCAUCACUUAUGUAAGAUUAUCACUCCUUGUCGAAGGCUAAUCUUGUGUGCAGAGAACAGGAAGGAGAUGGAGGACUGGAUGGCAGCGUUGAGGAGCGUGCAGAACCGGGAGCACUUUGAGUCCACACAGUAUAGCAUGGACCAUUUCUCCGGUAUGCACAACUGGUACGCCUGCUCUCAUGCCCGUCCCACGUACUGCAACGUGUGCCGUGAGGCGCUGUCUGGGGUCACAUCGCAUGGCCUGUCCUGCGAAGUGUGCAAGUUCAAGGCCCACAAGCGCUGUGCUGUCAGAGCCACUAACAACUGCAAGUGGAGCACCCUGGCAUCCAUCGGGAAGGACAUCAUCGAAGAUGAGGAUGGGAUCUCAAUGCCUCACCAGUGGUUGGAGGGUAACUUGCCCGUGAGUGCCAAGUGCACCGUGUGCGACAAGACGUGCGGCAGUGUGCUCCGGCUGCAGGACUGGCGCUGUCUGUGGUGCAAGGCCAUGGUGCACACAACAUGUAAAGAGCAGCUUUCCAACAAGUGUCCCCUGGGUCAGUGCAAGGUGUCUGUCAUCCCUCCUACAGCCCUCAACAGCAUUGACUCUGACGGGUUCUGGAAAGCCUCGUGCCCGCCUUCAUGCACCAGCCCCCUCCUCGUCUUUGUCAACUCCAAGAGCGGAGACAACCAGGGUGUGAAGUUUCUGCGUCGGUUUAAACAGCUGCUGAACCCCGCCCAAGUGUUUGACCUCAUGAAUGGAGGGCCACAUCUCGGCUUGCGACUCUUCCAGAAGUUUGACACGUUUCGUAUCCUGGUAUGCGGAGGUGAUGGCAGUGUAGGCUGGGUGCUGUCAGAGAUUGAUGCUCUGACUCUACACAAGCAGUGCCAGCUGGGCGUGCUGCCACUGGGCACGGGGAAUGACCUGGCACGCGUGCUGGGAUGGGGCUCUGCCUGCGACGAUGACACCCAGCUACCCCAGAUCCUGGAGAAGCUGGAAAGAGCCAGCACCAAGAUGUUGGACAGAUGGAGCAUCAUGGUGUAUGAGACCAAGUUCCCACGGCAGCAUUCCAGUUCCACAGUAACAGAAGACUACUGCAGCGAUGACUCUGAGGUCCAGCAGAUUCUGACCUAUGAGGAUUCGGUCGCUGCUCACCUGUCGAAAAUCCUGACCUCAGACCAGCACUCUGUGGUCAUCUCAUCGGCCAAGGUGCUGUGCGAGACUGUGAAGGAUUUUGUUGCUCGUGUGGGAAAGACGUAUGAGAAAACCCCAGAAUGCUCGGAGGAUUCGGAAGCCAUGGCCAAAAAGUGUGGGGUGCUGAAGGAGAAGCUCGAUUCACUGCUGAAGACUCUGAACGAGGAAGCGCAGGCCUCCGUGGUUCUUCCCACACCUCCUCCCACGAUUGCCGAAGAGCAGGAGGAAGGUGAGGGGCUUCUGGUGACCCCUCCGCCUAUACCCCCAGCGCCAUGCUCCCCUCGAAGCACCUCUGCCAUCUUUAAACCACGGGAACAGCUCAUGCUUAGAGCCAACAGUCUGAAGAAAGCAAUUCGACAGAUCAUAGAGCACACAGAGAAAGCGGUUGAUGAGCAGAAUGCUCAGACGGAGGAGCAGGCAUUUGCUCUGACCGCAGAGGAGGAGGCUGAUAUGGAAGAAGAGGAGUGUGUUUCCCUGAAGUCCUCUUACAGCAGCAACACCUGUCGCAGCUCGAAGGCUCGGCCCUCUAGCAGGAUUUCUAAGUCACCGUGCGAGAAGCUGAUCAGCAAAGGAAACCUGUCUUUAGGUAGCUCAGCCUCCCUGCCUGUACAAACAGGAAGCCGUGACAACAUGCCUAUGCUCAACGCGAAGAUCUUGUACCCAAGCCUCAGGGCUGGGAUGUCUGGGUCCCUCUCCAGCAGUUCAGUUAUCAGCAGAUUGCUGGUCAAUGCAGAUCCCUUCAACUGUGACCCAGAGAACUUGGAGUGCUACACAGAGAAAUGUGUCAUGAACAAUUACUUUGGAAUUGGAUUGGAUGCUAAAAUUUCUUUGGACUUUAACAACAAGCGGGACGAACAUCCGGAGAAGUGCAGGAGCCGCACCAAGAAUAUGAUGUGGUAUGGAGUCCUGGGCACCAAGGAGCUCCUGCAUCGCACGUACAAGAACCUGGAACAAAGAGUUCUGCUGGAGUGUGAUGGCAGGCCCAUCCCACUGCCCAGCCUACAGGGCAUUGCUGUGCUCAACAUACCCAGCUAUGCUGGGGGAACCAACUUCUGGGGUGGCACCAAAGAGGAUGAUACCUUCACUGCUCCCUCAUUUGAUGACAAAAUCCUAGAAGUCGUGGCUGUGUUUGGCAGCAUGCAAAUGGCUGUGUCACGGGUCAUCAACCUGCAGCACCAUCGCAUUGCCCAGUGCCGGACAGUGAAGAUAACCAUCCUUGGGGAUGAAGGAGUGCCGGUGCAAGUUGAUGGCGAGGCCUGGGUGCAGCCACCAGGGUACAUCCGCAUUGUUCACAAGAACCGCACGCAGACUCUGACCCGGGACCGAGCUUUUGAAAACACACUCAAGUCCUGGGAAGACAAACAGAAAUGUGAAUUCCCCCGUCCGUCGGCCCAGCAUGCACUGCUUCCUGAGAUUGUUUCAGAGGAAGAGGCUUCUCAGAUCAACUUAUUUGGCCAGGCCGCUGGAGCCCUCAUACGCAGUAUUCGAGAGAUUGCCCAGUCUCAUCACAACAUGGAACAAGAACUAGCUCAUGCCGUCAAUGCCAGCUCUAAGGCCAUGGAUGUGGUUUACGCCAAGUCCAAGAACAAAGAGGGUCUUAACUGCAGUGUAGUGAUUCAGAUGGUGAGCAAUGUGAAGGCUCUUCAUAAUGAAACUGAGCUGCUACUGGCUGGGAAGAUGUCUUUGCAACUGGACCCUCCCCAGAAGGAACAGCUCAGCAGUGCCCUGGCCAGUGUGGCCCAGCAGCUCCGCAGACUGGCAGACAUACUAUGGCUUUGCCAGCACAUCGAGCCAACAGAUGAUGAGGUACACCUGAUGGACUUGUCCAAGCGCAGCCGAAGUGCCAAGUUCCGUCUCGUCCCCAAGUUCAAGAAGGAGAAGAACAACAAGAACAAGGAGACGAGCAGCACUCUUGCUCUGCCAGUACAUCAGUGGGGUACGGAGGAGGUUGCAGCCUGGCUCGAGCUCAUCAGUCUCCCAGAGUACAAGGAGAUCUUCAUCCGCCACGACAUCCGUGGAGCAGAGCUGCUGCACCUAGAGAGGCAUGACCUCAAGGACCUGGGAGUGACCAAAGUGGGCCACAUGAAACGGAUCUUGCAGGGAAUCCGAGAAUUGAGCCGCACCAGCAGCGCCAGCGAGGUCUAAGUUUUCUUUUCUCGCCCUGUGUGUGUAGCAGUGUGGUUUGAGCCUGAGAGGGACCGGACCCCUGCGCAUAUCCCCGAUCAGAACUCUAAAUGGGAUGUGAGCCAACUAAUCAUAUCAGUGUGCCUUUGUUGCCCAGAGUCGCAGCACUCUCACAUAGAGCAGCCCUUUACCAAAAUAUCAGCUCCACAGGGGAGGGCAGCUUGGAUCAGAGUCGCCUUCAAAUGCAAGGAGAUGUUGAAUCAAGCCAACAAUCUCUAUAUGAAGGGACUGCUUGGAUCAUCCCAGCCUCACUACACUGGGGAAGUGAAUUCCUGGAGGAUCAGCCUACAUAUAGAGAUAGCAUGAGGAAAAAACCAACAUGAGCAGGCAGCAGAUAACUGAAUAUGCGAACAUCAGCAGACGGAGCAAAGUGCCGAAACCAUUAAACUCUGCCUUGCAUUCAUUAUUUCAUACCAGCAUUCGAAAGCUGUGCCCUAGGAUCCGCUCACUCUGGCCUUUGAUGUCCUAUCGCUAACGAAAGGACAAGCAAAGGCGCAAGUGGUUGGAACCUGCUGUCAGGGUUCAGCCACUUCUGUACAUCUGUGGUCAGCUGUCACGAUGUCUCCUGUGCCGUCUGUUCACUGCACACUCCAGGUGUUCCACAGUGAGUUGGAGGCAUUCAGCACAAAGGAAGGAUCACUUCGGAAUGUCUUAUUUGACUGCGUUCAGUUAGAUCUUUUUGUUCACAUACCAGUGAAAGUUUACGUACAUGUGGUGUAUUGCAGGGUGGGAAGACGGAUGCGGCUCAGAAGAGCUGCGUUCAUCCCCCUCUAAGUGCUCAUGAUUGCUGUCAACCCUCCCCACUUGUCAGUCUGUGUUUUUCGUAGCAAAAGUGCCGUUAUAUUUGAGGCCCUCUGUUCUUAUCCAGGGUGCUCCAAUUUGUCUACCUGUUCUCUAUUUAUUGAUAAUUUAUAUGAGAGAAUAAUUUUGUGAAUUGUGCUCUGUUCUUUUCUUUGUGUACAGGGCCCCUGUUGAGGGCUGUAAAUACAUUGUUCUUGUACAGAGAACCAGCAUCUUCCAGUAAUAAACUGUGUCUCCAGAA